GACACAGAGGACGAAGUUCGAGAGGUCAUCAGGAACAACCUACAUUUACAAGGAAAGUCAGAGGACCCAGCAAUUCGUUGGCAGAUGGCUCUGUACAGAGACCUCCCAAACCACUAUGAGGAUACUACUGACCCAGAGAAGACUGUGGAGAGAAUCCUGGAUAUUGGUCAUGUCCUCUUCCACCUGGAGCAGGUGGAGCAUCCUCAGCGCAGUAAGAAGGCUGUGUGGCACAAACUGCUUUCAAAACAGAGGAGAGAGAUGUCGUCGCUUGCUUCAGGAUGGCACCACUCUAUAACUUGCCAAGGCACCGGGCUGUAAACUUGUUCCUGCAGGGCUAUGAAAGUCCUGGAUGGA